AAAAAAGGAAAACAAAAAAAAAAAAAAAAAAAACAGAUAUGAUGACGAACAAAAUGGCGCGGGAAAAUUUCAAAUACAAUGACUACUACAAGAGCCCUUUUACAGUAAAUCUAGAUAAAAAAGAAAAUAACCAAAAUUAAGACGAAAGAAAACAAGAUUUUGGAUGUGAUGAGAUUGUUGAAAUCAGGUAUGGUGGACGCAAAAUACAUUCAAAAACGUCAACGCAGCAAACAACUUAAGUGAAUUAAAUGACGGCAAUAUGAGGCAAGAAUUUUCGGCCAUUUCAGGACAAGAAAAAUUAGAAAAUAUCUCAUCAUAAAUCAAAAUUAUGAAAGUAGUGAGAGUAAUGAGGGCAAAAGAUGGGACCAGAUACUCAACAUCCACUUUGAUGAAUUAGAAAUCCACUCGGAUGUGGCGUUUUUAUUCACAAAAAUCAAAGUUCAACCCUACGUUAUACCUGGAAAACAUACAUGCAAAAUAUUCAACAGCAACCACAAACCACCUAUCAACAUCUUGACGGAUCAAUUCACAUUCCAACAUAAACCUCAGGAAAUAAUAACAACAAACAUACUAAAGGAUAUUAUCAACCUUAAAAUUGGACCUUAUUUAAUAGAAAUAUCCAAUGAUAAAACAAAAACACACGAUCAACAAGGCAAUAAAAAAUACAUCCCAAGACAGUGGUUGGCAGAGGAAUCCCAAAAGCUAUUUCGGCUGAGAAAAGCCGGCUAUACAAAACUAUAAAAAACAAUAACAUACUAUGCACUGAAACGAAGUUCCUUGGCUGGGGUAAGAUCAGCGUACCCAGAGUGGGCAAAAUAAUAAGUCGCUUUUUUCCUGUUACAACAAAAGUUUAGUAGUUUAAAUUAGUUUCUAUGCUCUACUUUGUUCGUAAAGAUCGUGGAGGUGGGACACCCUCCACUGGUUUUCCGUUCGGUGAAAUGAAAUCUCUCUUCCGAAUAUACUCUACUGCUGUCGUAAAAGUUGCGGAGGUGGAACUCCCUCCACUAACUUUCUUUCAACUAGGUGAAAACCCCGUUGAAUAUAAACUAAGUACUCGUGAAGUGGAAACCCUCAGGUAUACUACUUCUGUCUGCGAUAUUCACGGACAAGUAUACCUAUCGACCAUAUACUGGCUAAUUAAAUAUUCAAAGUACGAUCGCUCUUUUUAUACCUUCCUGCACGCAAUAAUAACAAUUAUUAUAAUAAGCAGUUUUCUUAAUUCUAUGGUGUGUAUGUGUAUACUUAUGUAUUCAUAAAAAGCAUACUUGGUCCCUAAAAGUAUACAUAUAUAAAUAUGGAUAAUUAUGACUGAGAUUCCUAAGAGUAUACGUUUGUAUGUAUACCUUUUCUCCUAUUAUAUUCUUAUAUACGCCUAGGUAUAAACUUCAAUGUAUUUAUGCGUAUGAAUGAAAGAAUUCAAUUUAAAUAAAUUUGGAAUUUCCAUGUAUCUUCUGUAUGUGUACAUGUACGUAUAUCUUUUGGUUGUAAGAGCUCCAGGCUUCUAGAGUUUUGGGGUCCCUACAGCACAUCAAAAUGAAAUCUAAGAACAAGAGGAAAAGGGCUUUAACAAAACAUUAGAAGAGUAAUGAGAAAAUAAAAAUGUGAAUGUGGUCCAAAAUAAACAAUAUAAGAACAUAUCAUUGCGAGAAAACUAUAAGAAACUCUUGAGACCCAAAAGAGCAAUAUAAAUAUCAACAUCAAUAACCAAGAAACCAAUAGAUGGAAACACCACUAGAAGAAAUGUCUCUUGAAAAUCGCACGAAAUUCGUACAAACUAGAAAUCUAAAAUCAUCGAAAUAGGUCAAUACGUUUCGCAUAGAAAAUGUUAAGGAACAAGAAUUAUUGAAAAUGUUAAUAACAGUUUUGCGAGAAGGACUUACUCCCGAAGAAUGGAAGGAAAUUAACAUGAUACCCACACAUAAAAAAGUCAGUAACCCAACCAACAUUUACUACUACUACUCAAUAUGCCUAACAUCAGUGCUAUCAAAAACCAUAGGAUAUCUUAAAACUACAGAGCUCAACAUUAUUCCUGAUAGAUCAUACGACUUAAUUAACACAAUGUUAUUCCAUAAAGAAAAAAACACAGGCUACUUGUGUAGAUGUGGAAAAGGCCUACGAAACAGUCGAUGUCGAUACCCUAUAACAGGCGCUUAUAGAAGAAGUUAAAUCCAAAAGCGAUAAAUUGGAAAACAUCAUUCCUGAGAAGAAGAACAAAACAUUACAGAAAAUGGACUGGCCUAAGAGACUGCUUUCACAGAAAAUACGAACAAGUAAACUGGAGGAAAAUUCAAGAAUGUGCAAAUAAGUGCAGGGAAAUCAGGUCUCUUCUGUCGAGAUACGUAUACUGUUCAGCAAGCAGUUAAUCUCUUGGGAUUUGGAUGGUUUCAUGUUAAACUAUCACUUCUUGUAGGACUUUGUUGGAUGGCUGACUCAAUGGAAAUGACUAUACUUAGUAUUAUUGGACCAACAAUGCAAUGUGAGUGGGAAAUAUCUACGUUUCAAAAAGCUCUUCUAACUACUAUCGUAUUUUUGGGAAUGAUGAUAAGUCCUACAUUUUGGUCCCAGUUAAGUGACCGAUAUGGUCGUAAAUCGGCUUUGACUUUCUGUGGAGUACUGCUUGUACUGUAUGGCUUACUUAGCUCUGUGGCACCCAAUUUUACUUGGCUAAUAAUUUUACGAGGACUUGUUGGUUUUUCGAUAGGUUGUGUUCCGCAAUCAGUUACAUUAUAUGCGGAAUUUCUACCAUCAAAACACAAAGGAAAGUGUGUAGUCUUAAUGGACUGUUUUUGGGCUUUGGGGGCGUGCUUCGAAAUAGCUUUAGCAUUAGCUAUAUACCCAAACUUCGGAUGGCGUUGGCUAUUAGGCCUUUCAGCGGCACCAUUAUUAUUAUUUACAUCUCUUACGCCGUGGCUUACAGAAUCUGCGAGAUUUCAUACACUAAAUGGAAAUAACGAUAAAGCGGUUCAAGUCCUAAAUCAGAUCGCGAAGGACAAUAACCGCCAAAUGCUUAUUGGACGUUUGGCUACCGAUUUUGAAACUGAUUCCCCUCUUCAAAUGCGAACUCUGUUUAAGCCGGAGCUGAGAAAGAAAACCUUAUUGUUGUGGUUUCUGUGGAUGUCCUGCGCUUUUUGCUACUACGGCUUAGUGCUAAUAUCGGCCGAAUUAUUUCUUAAAGAUAAAGCCGAUGCGGAACCGAAUCAUAAAUGCUCUAGAUUUGACACCAAAGACUUCAUGGACUUAAUGUGGAUUACAUUUUCAGAAUUUCCUGGUAUAUUUUCGACAAUUGCGGUUAUAAAACGAUACGGAAAGAAAAAAACUAUGGCUUUGCAGUUCUUAAUUUUUUCUGGAUGCGUUUCAUUAUUAACCGUUACUAAGAGCCGUAUAUACACCACUUCUGUACUAUUUAUUGCAAGAGGAGUUAUAUCCGGACUUUUUCAAGCUGCUUACAUAUAUACACCCGAAAUUUAUCCUAACAAUUUGCGAUCUUUGGGAGUUGGUGGAUGUUCAACUAUAGCCCGAAUUGGCGCGAUGGCUACACCAUUUGUAUCUCAAGUUCUUUUACAGAGCUCAUCAUCUGGCGCUUUAUUUGUUUAUAGCUUGGUUGGUUUGUCAGCUGCGGCAGUAUGUAUUAUUCUACCAGACAGUCAAAUUCUUGCUUAAAUAUAUAAGUAAAAAAUACAUACAAAUGUACAUAUAAUAUAAAUUCUCAUGGUGUUAAGAAAUAUAUAUACAUACAUACAGAGCAACAAUAUUGUAAUAGUAUGUUUGAGUGUCAGCUUAUGAAUAUACAAUAGUAACAAUAAGUGCGUGUAGUACAAGAACUUCAGCACAUGUUCAACAUUACAUAUACUCGGAAAAUCUAUGAAAAAAUUAAGCGCCUUCUGGACGGUUUCAGCACCUAAAAUUUGACCUGUAGUAACGAGACUAAUCCUCUGAUGUACAUAGAUAUUGAGUUUAUGCAUGGAAUACUUCUCCAGGACCUCACAGCCUGCGCCAAUGUACAAUAAGGCUUCUCAGUAUGGGAAUCUUAUUGGGGAUAUCCCGAUCCACUUCUUCUUUGUAGGUGUAGACACCGCGAUAUCUACUUGUCAUAAAUUCAACUACGUGUGUAUAAAAACUUAAAAGUGAACUUAUAAAGCCAAUGACAAAGACGAUAACAACUGAAAUCACAAAUACUGUCCCCUUCUUUGGGAAAUAACAUAGUCAAUCAAAUCCAAUAAAAAAGCUUCUUUCCAAAUGUACAA